AUGUCGCUAAAUAAACUAGUAGGCGGAGACUGUGGGGGGAACAAUUCUUUGGUGCAACUAUCGAAUAUUGUGCGUCGUGAUGCUGCUCUACAACAACCACUCUCACAAGCUGACAGGUUUGUUAACGAAUUCAUGGCACAGAAUUCUCAGACACCACAAACCUUUAAUAUGAAUACUCUUCUCAAUAAUUUGCCUCAAGAGAAAGCUACCAAGACCACACCUGGUCCCUCGACAUCAUCAUACGUUCCAAACGUUAAUACUCACAUGAACAGAUCAUGGACAGCAGGCCCGUCUCCUUCUUAUAUGACACACAGUGUCAUGCCCAACUAUCCCAUGUUGCAGCAACCUAUGAUACUCCCACAAGCAAUUGCAAUGCCCAAUCCACAAAUACAAUUUAUCAAUGAAGCUGCAGUUGCAAACAUGGCAAGUGCUGAUGUUCAAGCUAAAGCUCAAGAGUAUGUUAAUACUAUGAAGAAUGACAGUGACUUGGAAUAUAAUGAAUUCAUGUCCUUUAUGAAAAAAAUAAGUGCUGGAGAAAUCCGCUUAGGCGAAGAUCCUGGCCCAGAUCAGGCACAAAGAAAAAUGAGCAGAGAGGAUAUAUUAGAUGAAAUGAGUGAAAAAUACAAAGAAGAGUGGGAUAAACUUAGUGAUGUUAAUAAUUACUGGGACUCUGAAACUGCAAAUGGGAUUGCUAAAGAAUAUGCCUUCACUGAAGGUAAUGUUAUGCUGGAAAACAAAAGUGCUUUGGACAUUGGAAAGGAAAAAUUGAAAAUGGGUGAUAUUCCUGGAGCUGUCUUGUGUUUCGAAGCUGCUGUACAACAGCAACCAGAAUCAGCAGAGGCCUGGUUCCUUCUAGGUACAACACAAGCUGAAAAUGAACAAGAUCCUUGGGCUAUAACAGCUUUGAAAAAAUCUUUACACAUUGAUCCUACACAACUGGAAGGAUAUAUUACAUUGGCAGCAGCAUAUACCAAUGAAAACAUGCCUAAGCAUGCUUACAUCUCUUUAAUUAACUGGUUAAAGGCCAGUCCAAAAUAUUCUAAUCUUGUGCCUGAAGAUAUAGAUCCAAUGAAAUUGGAGGUCAAGGAGUUGGAGCGUCAUGUAAAGUCAUUAUAUCUUAAAGCAGUGCAUUCAAAUGCUAAUGAAAUUGACCCAGAUGUCCAGAAUGCUAUGGGUGUAGUGUUCAAUAUCAGCCAAGAAUAUGACAAAGCUGUUGAUUGUUUCCAGACAGCUUUGAUGGUAGCAAGCGAUAAUGCAAAGCUAUGGAACAGAUUAGGAGCCACUUUGGCAAACAGUGACAAGUCAGAGCAAGCUGUAGAUGCAUAUCGCCAGGCUUUGGGUUUGGAACCUGGAUUUAUACGAGCUAGGUACAAUGUUGGAAUCACAUGUAUGAAUUUAGGGCUCACAAAGAGGCUGCAGAGCAUUUCUUAG